GAUCCCAAGGUCCAUCCCUUGAAUCCACAAGCAAUGGCAGACACAAUGCCUCAUCACCCAAACUUCCCAACACAGAAGAGCUCACUCGGCCUAUUUCUCCAGACAGUCCUGAAAUCAUCAGUGAACUGCAACAAUAUGCAGAGGCAGCGGCUGCCCGUGAGUCCAAACACAACUCUCCUACCACCAACACUACACCUGGACAUCCCACUCGGAAAGACAAUGCAGCCCAUUCAACAGCUCGUGGAACUGAGCAACGAGUAGGGACCCAUGGUUUGGCUUCUUCAACAGCCUUGCCAGCCACCAGUCAAAAUGUUGAUAGCCACUCAGUGCUGGACUUACGAGGCAACAAGCGUAAGUCAACUUCACCAUCUGGUCCAGAUGAGCAAGCCCAUCGCCAGCAGAAGAAACGCUCACUGCCAACAACAGGUCAACCAUAUGAAAGUGGGUACCCUGUCUCUGGUGGGUUCACCAUGCCCUCUGUCCCUUUAAACCACAACUUAACCCAUCCAUUUGCUCCCCAAGCAGGCAACCCGUUGUACAUGGGCACAGGCUCCUCCUAUUACCAGCUGCCUAGCUUGCUAUCAGAUCCUCAUCUGGUGUUCCCUGUGACUACUGACCCUCUGCUGACAGCGGGCACUGCUAGUUCUUCUGCUGCUACCUCAGCCACCGCCAGCGUCCCCUCUUUCAUGUUAAACCCCUCCAUGACGGGGAUGCUCUCCAACUAUUCGCUGCCCUUCUCACAGUCACUCCUGCCUGAGCCCAGGAUGUUUGCUCCUUUUCCAGCCCCUGUCUUAUCAAGCAGCCUUCCCAGGAGCAUGGCAUCUGCCUAUCCUGGCUUCAUGUCACCUCACGCGGGAUAUCCAGCGGGGGGCCUCCUUCGGUCUCAGGUGCCUCCAUUUGACACCCGUGAGGUCUCUGAGGUGGGCUGCAGCUCCAACGAGGAUGAGGACAAAGAUGAUGAUGUAAUAGAAAUCACAGGGAAGUAAUGGGCCUAGUCACUUCUUUUAGAUUGCAACUCAGUCAGGAGGCAAAAAUUCCUCGCUGGACCUUUCUGGGGUCAGGAUUUUAUAUCUAGAACACACAGCAGAAGUGGAGGAAGAGGUUGGAAAGGAAAUGGCAUGUUUAGUUGUCAAAGAUCUGCUUUGUAUGGGAACUGAAUUGAAUGGACACCCCUCCCACAGGAGUGGGGAGAAACAAGAGUUGGGCAAGGGAAGUAUCACUGCAAACCACAGGAGUGCCUCCUUGACUUUCCCUCCCAUGCUGUCUGUGUUGUCCAAAAGGAAGACUUGCCAUUAAUAUUUCAGUGCCCUUUGUUAGACUGGAGACAUUGGGCUGAUCUUUUUAUUUUCCUUUUGUCUGUGGAAUAACACUCAUACACAAACGGCCUUAUCUGAGAAAGUUCAUUGUCCCAUGAUCAAAAGCGGGAGAUUUGUGCCCUAAGAAACCUGAGGAUGAAUUGCAUUCUUAAUAGAGGGAGGGAGGUGGGAAAGGAAGGAGCAGGCAAUGUGUCAUAUGUA